UUUGCUUAAGUCUAAGAAUUUUUUUUAAUUUUUUAAAUACUCGUACUUUUAAAUAAUCUUACUAUUGGAAAGGGAACAACUUAAAAUUUACCUGUCUAAUAUAAUAUUUUGCAAUUAACUUAUACUUCAGUAUUAUAUAUAUUAGAUAGUAAUUAAAUAGUGGAUAUAAAGUUAUCGGUCAGGUCGCCAGUGGUGAUAUUAUAGUAAAAAGAAGCAAGUAAAAGAAGCAAUUUUGUCAACUACAAUCCAGUAGGGAUUUUCUUUAUAUAUUUGAACAGCCAACAUUUGAUAAUAAUUGUCAACGAUCAGGAUGCAUUCUUCUGUGAGAGGAAAUGACUGCACAGGACAUAGUAAAGAGAAAAUUCUAUUACCGGAUGUCGAUGUGAAAUGCGCUAUGGACAAUUCCAGCGUUUUGUUGGAUAUAUCCGCUCAAAGUACCUCACAAGUACAAAAAAAACUUCCAAGACAAUGUUCACAUCAUUUGUUAUCAAGUUUACAAGAAAGCAAUGCUGGAAGUAAAUAUCCAAUACAAGAUAAUCUUCAAUGUGACUUAAAGAAAAAGAGUCCAAGGACAUAUUGCAGUAAACAUCAUAUGAAUACGAUUCAAUCUCCUCCUACACUAGGCCUGGGGUUGAAAACUAUGCAAGAUAUACAAAACUCCAACCUUGCACCCCCAAAUGCUUCUGGGCACAAAGAUAAUCACAUAAAUAAGCGAACUACCCUUGAUGACUCACAGAUUGCACACAUGUUCGAUGGUAGCGUUAUUAAUCCACUUAUUGACUUACCAGAAAUUUUGUCAAAAGCAACAGAAAGAUCUGUCAAUUCUGGACCAAGAGCAAUGAGAGUUAUGCCCGAUGGUACUAUUCAAAAUAUGUUUAGCUGCGAUGUUGAUGUUGGCACAAUUUUAGAUAAUAUGGAAAGCAUUGCAAUGAAAAAGCAAAUAAAGACGAAAUAUUCCUGUAACAGUCUAGGUCAAAUGAAAUCAAAUAGAACACGUAGCUUGAAACCUUCUGAAUAUAUGCAUAAAUUACGUUCCAUAUCUAAUCGGGGCCCUAAAAUGUCACCAUAUCGGAUGUUACAAAAAGUACAGCAAAAAUAUAAACCAGUUCAGGAUGCCGGAACUCAAACACUUUUAUCAGAUUUGAGGCCAGUCAAACAGAAGAAUUGCGCAGUGCAAACUUCAAAAACACUGUUGCUUACUAGAGGCUGUCAAAAAUCUUUGGUACCCAUAGAAAGUAAGCACAAGUCUACAAACACAUCGCCAAUUCAUCAUAAGAAAACGGUUUCCAUAAGUUGUCAGGCAUCUAUUGAAAAACCCCUUGAGGAGCUCGUAAUUAACAAAAAAAAGGCCAAUAAGAGUAAAUCAACUCAGAAGAAUUUUGAUGACUAUCAAACUUUAAAUAUACCCAGUUUUGGAGCACUUAGCAAGGAGUGUAAGAAGUUAAAAAUUAAGCCCAAGUCUACUAAUAUAUAUACGCAAACUGAAAUAUCCCACCCUUAUUGUGAAAACAUUUUCAGUGAUUUUCGUGAUACUGAUAUGAAAAGUAACAUAUACACUGAUAAGAAAUAUUUCGAUGGUUUAAACUUUGUUUGUGAUGAUGACCAAAAUCAUACUCAAGACUCUAUUGCUGCCUCUGUGUACAAAGGGCAAUUUAAUUUAUAUAUUAUUAUAAGUAUUAUAUUUAUAAUCUGGGGUAUACUAUAUAUGUUUGGUUCAUUUUCAAUGAAUGUCUAUAUCAAACAUUUUGCAGAACAUCUCCAAGAGUGGUAUUUUCAAGCUACAGAAAAUCCAGUAACAAAAUUCGAGUUAAUAUUUGCUUAUAUAUGGAAGUUAGUUUCUUAGCAGAAGAGACAAUGGAGACUUUCAGUAUUUUUAUAUUUUGUUUAAUAUAUUAUUCUUCACAUAU